AUGACCUGCCUGUAUUUUUAUAUCUUAUGUGUCUCUGCCUGUGUGGACUCCAUCAGUGCAGUUCCUUACAUUACUGUAUCUGCUCCAGUGGGUUCCACAGUCGUCCUGCCGUGUAAACUGACUCACGCUUUCAACCAAACAUCAGCUGUUCGGUGGAGCACCGAUGAUGAUGUUGUGUUUGAGAGAAGCAGUGAUGGUACAGAUGUUGGUUCAGGUUAUGAGGGUCGUGUGGACGUUCCUGAGGACAAGCUGCGUAAAGGAAACUGUUCCCUGGUGCUGAAGAACAUCAGACUCACUGACGAUGGCGUCUACAAAACCUUUGUGAUGGAACACAUAGACACCAAGACCACCAAAUGGGAAGAAGUCAACAAGGUUGAAUUAUCAGUCAAAGUCUUGCAGAACAUAUCAGCUACAGUGGGUUCCACAGUCAUCCUGCCAUGUGAUUACAGAAAUCUGUCCAUUCAAACACUUCAUGUGAGGUGGUAUAUCGGCCUUCAGGUUGUGUUUGAGCGACAGGGUAAAGAGUCAUAUCAGGGAGAAGGAUAUGAGGGGCGUGUGGACGUUCCUGAGGACGAGCUGCUUAAAGGAACCUGUUCUCUGGUGUUGAACAAUGUCAGAGUAUCUGAUGGUGCUGAGUACAGAAGCUCCAUGAUAGUGAAACACACAAAGAAACCCAUCUUGGUCCAGAAAGUUCAACUCUUAGUCUACGCGGUUAUUCAGCCUUCUCUCUUUGAUGCCAGAGCUCUAAAAGCCAAUUCUUCCAGUUUCUGUUUCUGCAUGCUAAACAUGAACAACACACACACACACACA